CAUUCGGACUUGCGAACUUGCGACCAACAUGUCAGCGUUCGCACCACCUGUGCGCCGCGACAACUUUCUCUUCAGUUCCAUUCUCUACGCCGAUGCUGGCAAUGACAACCACCAUCCCCGUGCCAGCGUCACGGAAUUAACCGCGCUUCUACGUCCUGAAGCACCCAAGCCCAACAACAAAAAGUCCAAAGCUGCCGAGCCUGCGGAACCUCCAAGAGAUCCUCCGUGGCAUUUUUGGACUGCGCAAUUACUCCACUACGGGCAGACCUCUACAAAGGAUAAGAACGCAGCGAAAGUGCGAUUGUUAAGCUCUCUGAAUGGUGCAAGGUUAGAAGUCCCGGGCUGGAUCGUCAGGCUAGAAGCAGAACUGAAGAAAGAGUGGGAGGCUGAGAAUCGCAAAUUGAAAAAGACGACAAAACAGCAUGCGAUCCCGGGACCAGUCAGCACGCCAGUAACUGACAAGAAGGAGGUUAAGAAGAAGGAGCCCAAAACAUCCGCUACCCCUGUAGCAGUCAGUAAGACCGUAAUCGAGAACAAGGGGCCCAGUAGAUCUGCCAUCAAAGCUGUCCCUGCGUCUGCGCCAAAAUCCGUGCAAGGAAAGAGGAAACUCGAUGAUCACGCUAGAUCAGAGGAAUCGAACAAGAAGGCAAAGCUGAAGAGUAAAGCUCACCCAAAAGUCUCCCCUGAGUUGACAUCAAACGGAACGCCAACGAACAUCCCUAUCGCCGAAACCUCUGCUUCCCAAGGAGACGAACCAUGGCCAGCACCAAACCGGAUCAUCAUUCCGUACAUAGGUGCAUAUUUCCUUGAUCGUGACCCCUACGCAGACACCCGACCUAGUAAUGCACCCCGGCCUGGAGCAUACCGAGUCUCAUGUCCUGAUAUAGAAGCCCAGUGGUCUGGUACCUCUAUCGAUGAGUUCUACCUUGCCUUCUCCGCCUCCGAAAACGAAUGGUGGAGCAGAUUCAGAUGGGGUAACUUCCAGGGCAUGAUGAUUCUAGACCGAAUUCCCAAAAAGGCUAACAAAACAGUCGGUGUGCCGUUUAAGUGGCGUGCACACUACGCCCCAGAAAAUGAGGACGGUGAAGGUACAGGCAAGAUAUUCUUCACGUCCACAAAGGAGUUCAAAGGCGAGUUUCAUAGUCUUUUCGAAGAAAGGCCGUGUUUCUUCCGCGCAGAACGACUAGACACAGCUCGCAGUCAAUGCAAUGGCCCACUACGUAAGCCUUUUGGCACUCCGGUCCUUGAUCAGAUGCGUAUAGAAUGGGGACAAAUGUCUGCUGUAAUGAAAGAUGCCCCUGCGAAGAAACCUCGCACGAAGAAAGAGAGGCCUUCAGACUCCAAGCCUACGACAAAGAAGUCCACUCUUCCCGCCGGCUCCGAGCAGGAAGACGAACAAAUGGACGUCUACCUUAGCGGCACGUACAAAAUCGACUCCCCAACCCUUUGCUCGACUUUCCCAUCUUUUGACCCCAACAGCUUCCGACUCACUCUCAUCACCGACGAGCAACGCGGAAUCUGGUGGGCCAAAUUCGUGUGGGGUUCAUUGAGUGGAAUCAUCCAACUUAACCCUGGCCCGACCUACGAUACAUUGGACGAAUCACACUCGCUCGGUUGGCGUAUCAAAGAUUUGAACAACGGCGAGAUGCGGUUCGGGAAGAACUGCACUGGAAAGAUGAAAUUCUUUGGCCACGAACGAGCUUUGGAAGGUUGCUUGUUUGAGGUGCCACAUAUAGGAACGGUGGAGUUUUGGGGAGAGCGGAUACCGGGCCCACGGAGAGUGAAGGGGUUGCAGGAUGAAUGGGAUGCGUUUGUGAGGGAAGCAUAUGGGCGUUGAAGGUGAGACCUGGCUUGAUGUACAAUUGAGUUUACAUUUCAACGGUGAUGCACAGAAGACGAAUGUUUAGAUCUCUGUGGGACUUCUUGUAAUUACCGUUGUUCAUUCAAUGAGAUUUCCAAUUCAUAUGCAAAACUCC